AUGUCGGAAAACAUCCUGUUCGAAAGCAGCUUCAAAAUCACCGACGUCAACAGCAGCAAAUACGAUCGUGUCUCGCGCAUUAAAGCCUUCAGUGAAGGCGACUCGGAGGUUCUUCUCACCCUUGAUGUCAACACCGAACUCUACCCUCUCAAUGUGGAAGAUCGCAUGACUGUUGCACUUGCACUAUCCCUAAACCUGGACGGGAGCAAAGAUGAUGGCAAAGGUUGGAGGGAGGUUGGUAGAGGGGAGCAGACACUAGCGGAUGAGUUCGACUAUGUGUGCCACGGCAAGAUUUACAGGUUUGAGGAAGGGAAUGGAGAGAACAUCAAGGUUUAUGUGUCCUUCGGUGGUCUACUGCUCUAUAUGGAUGGCCCAUACUCCCUGCUCAACGCUCUCCGAAUCGACUAUGUCUAUCUCCUGAUGAAAAAAUAG